UGUCAUGGAGGAAAAUCAAUCAGGAAGGAUGCGAACUCGAACUCGACUUGGAAAGUUUAACAAAAACAAGUACAACUUUCAACUUUCAACUUUUUUCGCAUCCAAUAAUGACAUAGAAAUCGACGACACCUCUUUCUAUUCAAUUCGAUCCCCUCAACUCAAUCAUCCUUGAGAUUACGCUCAUUUACAAACCUCUUACGUCGCUGCGAUCGUCCAUACAUGUGUAUAUAUACAGCCUUGCACUACCGCAUUAGUUGCUUCAUCUUCUAAAGUCGUGUCGAUCCUUAAUACCGUGACGAUCCAUUUUUUCCCACCUAUGCGACGACAUUGCAAACAAACAAACAUACCGACUUUUCUAGAGCCAUAGGAUCUAUUUUGUACCACCUUCAUCCUUGCCGACGCAUUUGCAUUUGCUUUCUUCUUUGGGAACCUAACCCCAUUCCUGUUCAAGUCAUGUUCGGGGUUGGCCGUAAGAUCUAACUUAUUAGAUCCCAACCCGUCGGAAUGCUCUCACAUCUCCGCUUCCACAGACGGGGUCCGUCCAAUCCCUCGUCACCUAUACCUGAAAAUAGUCCGUGGGACACCGCCGCGCUUCAGCCCGCCCAGUUAGUGCCCGAAGAUGGCGUGCCAGCUCCUGAGAUCCGACCGCGAUCCGCAACCUCCGUGCCCUUUGCUCAUGGCCACGGACAGCCGCCACCGCAACCACCGCCAUCCCAAUCCCCGCAACAACCCGUACAGCACCAUCAGCCUCCAGUUUUACCACCGAUUGCUAGGAUUUCCUCGGCCGACUCGGACCUAUCGAUAGACCUCGAAGUUCACGAAUCGAAACAACGUGAAGAGCCGAAACCCUUGCCACGGUCGCCUUAUAAUGAAGAGACUGGAUUUAUCGGGGGAUUGGCUCUGCAGAAUUACCGUCGGGAACGGGAAGCACUAAGACCAGGAACCUUGGACAGAAACUCUACAAAUGUGACGGAUUCCAUAUCGUACGGCGCCCACACGAACGUAAAUAACUUUUCGAAUCGCCCACCGCCACCUGUUAAGCCUGUCAAAGCUGCCUCGUCUUUCGUUACGCCCACCUCUCUCCAGAAUGUCCCUCCUACGGGUAAACGGUUGCCAGGCGCAAAAACCUCAUCCGACUCCCAGGCUUUGCAAAGCCAGCCGUCGGUUCAGGAUGCUCCCAGAGGCAAAAAGAGCCUUCCUUUCCUAAAGAACCCCAUGUCGACGUUAUUAAUGCGGAGGAAGACUAGCCAGAAUGUACCAGAUCUCUCACUGCCAUUACGCGGUCAUGACGAAGAGCCUUCGUACGAUCCUCGGAUCAGAGGUACCCGAGUUCAUGAUUUCAGCGCUCCACGACCUAGAAAAGUUGUGUCGACUAUUGAGCCCGCUGCCUCCGGCUUUGAGAAGCCUCGUCAUGAUACCGUAUCCCCAACCAUAGAACACAUUUCACCUGCCACGGAUGCUCCUCCGGUUCCUCCGAAGGACGAUAAUUCUCAAUCCACCCGGACGUCCUCCACGUAUUCUCGAACCUUGUCAGUAGAUACUGGUUCGUCACUGAAGCCACAAGGCUCCAGAAGUAGUCAUACCAAUGUCGAGUCUAGGAGUGCCUUAAGUAGCCAGAGAAGAAAAGGCUCCAUUCCCCCAUCACUCAUGUCGUUAUCCCGCAACGGAUCAGAGGUAUCUAGAGAUGUCCUCUCGUCCAUUCCUAAACACAUGAAGAGUACAUCUUCUCGGUUUAGUUUUGAUAUGGUCGGCGCAGCAAAACAGGAGAAGUUGCUAGAAGAACGACACCGCCAACGACAGCAAGACAAGAAAAUGGAUGAUGGCCUUGGCCAACGAGAUUCUCGUUAUGAUGAGUUCGACGACGAUGGUUUUGAUUACGACGCAAUGGAUUAUGAUGAUGGCCUAGAGGAACGCAUACCAGGUGUAAACGCGGAUCUUGACGAGGAAGACUUUGAUGGCAUGGAUGAUCCGGAUAACGACCAAGAAAACUUUGCGGGCUUCGUUUUUCAACGAUCGAAUCCUAUCUCGGAAUUGACGAGUCCCCACGGAACUGGAAUAUCGCGGACGACUAGAGAUGAAAACGAAAGUAUUGCUAGUUAUGCGCUGAAUACAGAUUUUUCAGAUGUGCCGCAAUACCCUGUUCAUCCGCUUGAAAUUCGAGGCGAUGCUUCUACAAAACAAUCAUCAGAACAAGAUACUCCAACGGGCUUAGGGAUCCAAGGACUAGAAACUGUGAACGAAAUUUCCGACCAGAUGUCAUUUCAACAAUCACAAGGAGUCCCAAAACAACUUUCCAAAGACGAUGAACUUUAUUUUAACGAUGGAUUAAUACAUGAUUUUGACGGGGAAGGAGACGGUUCAGCAUUUGAUGAGUCCAUUUUCGAUUUAGAUGACACGGAUCAAUAUGGUCGACCAAUCCCCGGACUAUUCGCUAAUGCGCUGUCACAAAGACGGGAAGCAAAGAAGCGGGAAUCCGACAUAACCUCUAGACUAUCAGCGCAGUCUGAGAUCUCGCACUCUACUGCUCAUACUUCGCUCAGUGCUGACCUACAGUCUAAAAUGACAGGACAAAAAGCUAAUGAAGAGGCCCCACGCAUGGAAGAACGUCAAUCCUCAGUCUCGGGUUUGCCAACUGCGGAGCACGAUCAGAUAGCAGCGUAUCAGGCAGCCUUAGCGGCGGCUGCUCAUCAGGCCGCAGCCUCAGGGAAAUUUCGAAGAGAUUCAUCCCCGCCGCCGCCUGCUGAACUAACAAUCACAUCGCCGACGACGUCUGGGUCGUCACAAUCCCAUUCUAAUAUAGACGAUUUUGACGAUUACGACAAUGAUAACGGAUUGUCUUCGGGAUUGGAUGAUUACGAGCUUGACGAUGACGAUAUUAUCGCAGAGGCAAACGCCAGUGCUCUCGCUAAUGACUCGGAUGGUUGGUAUGGACAAGAAUUCGGGUUCUACUCAGCACCGACACCGCCCAAUGUUCAUCAUAAUGCCAGUGUUCUCAGUGAGAAAAAUCUUUACCAAUAUUCUCAUGGAGGCUAUUUCGGUCCGAGCGGCGUCAAUCGCUCCACCUCGGGUCGUAUCGUUUCCCGCGAACCAAAUUUGACACCAAUUACAGAACGUUCCGAGUAUUCUAACCGAAAUUCAAUCAUGAGCCUUGGCGUUCCCCAGAGCGCUAAUAAUAACGGGCCUUUGCAAAGCCCUGGUUUGGCUCAGUUGGCGAUGAUGGCGGACGAUGAUAAUAUGUCGCUGUCGGCUUUGCUUCGUUUGCGUUCUAGGGCGUGGGGCGGCUCCCAGGCGUCGCUAGUAAGUUCACGCGACGGAUCGCCUAGUGAUAGGAAUGGCGCUACUAGCCCUUGGGGUCAAGACAUCGGCAUGUCGGCGUCGCACGCGCGUAAGAAUUCCGCAUUUUCUAUCAUCAGCCAGGAUUCAACGGGGGCAGGUAGCGGGUCAGGUAGCCCUACGUUGACCAUGUCGAUGUCCGGCAUUCCGAACAAUGCUAUCCCACCACUAUCGGUUCCGUCCAAUUCUAAUCCUACAUCCGCUACGUCCCCAGUCAGCGCACCUGUUUUUUCUCCUUUACAACCAUCUUCUGCUUGCCCGCCCGUCUUCGAGGAUGAAGAGACGAGUCCCCUUGACCCAAAAAAGGCUGAAGCAGGGAGUACAAGCACGUCGGCUUCUGGCACAUUAUCAAAACCAUUUAAUGAGAGUAUGAGCCCGACAAUUGGAGCGCCUUCACAGAAGAGGCCGGGUAUGGGGCAUAGACAUAGAGGAAGUGCAGACAGCAUCUCGUACACGAAAGAAGAAGAUAGCGGCGAGACACGAUGGAUUAUGGAGCGGCGACGCACGGCAGAAUCCGGUGAGAUUGAGAUUUUAGGUCGGCAAGUGGUCGAUAGGGGCAGGAUCUAGUGGUUUCUGGAAUGUCUUCCCGAUUUGCGAUCUAAGAGUCGCUCGAGGACCUAAUGAUGAAUGGCAGCGAAUACCGGCGUAAGAUGGGGUAGUUGGUGAUAUAUGUGCCAUUUAUUUUUACUUGAAUGCCACGCUUGCUUGGGUCUGGCGUAACAUUAGGAAAUCAGGGGUAGCAUAGAUACGUGAGGGUUCGCCGGAGUAUAAAAAAAGGAAAGGGAUUGUUUAGCUUCCCUGGUUGGAUUGGGGGCUUAUCAUCAAGCACAAAUUACUUAACUUUAAUCGUGUACAUCUACGCAAACUGUUGUACCAGUAUAAUAUCUAACGCCCUUGAACAGAAUUAAUGGCUCCUACCUUUAACAAGUUUGGGGUUUUAUCGUUCAACAUUCGAGUAGGUACCUGGGUACUUCCAAUGGGAUGUGGCAAUAAUCUUAGACACUAAUGUGGUUUACGUAAGCCUACCCAGGUGGGAAUGAGGAAUGACGUCAAGUUGGAUAGGGU